GACUAGGCUCGGUGUAUUUGGGAAGGAAGAGGGUUUGUGGUUAACAACGCCACCAGGACUGGGCGCGCAACAGCGCUGUGACAAGACAUCUAUAAGCCACAGGAAGGAGGAAAACCACCUUCGUCUGUUUCAUUUGAUCUUUAAUUAUUUUAAAAUGUAUAAUAAUCUGAAAGCAGGCAUUAAAUGAAACAAUACAACCGAAUUUAAAGUUCAAAUCAAUGGUACAGGAGGGUAUUAUGUCCAGGACGCCUUCCACCUCAACCCAGGAAAUCCAGAUGGACAUGUUCGACCACCACGGCUCUCACGCUCAGGGGAAGUAUGCAAAGAGGAAGAGCCGUUUCAAACGUUCAGAUGGCAGCACCUCCUCAGACACAACUUCUAACAGCUUUGUCCGACAGGGCUCGGCAGACUCCUACACCAGUCGUCCUUCAGACUCUGACGUGUCUCUGGAGGAGGACCCUGAGGCUCUCAGGAAAGAAGCCGAUAGACAAGCUCUUGCCACGCUAGAGAAGGCUAAGACCAAGCCUGUAGCAUUCGCGGUGAGGACUAACGUUGGCUAUAACCCAGGCCCUAAUGAUGAUGUGCCUGUCCAGGGCAUGGCUAUCUCUUUCGAACCCAAAGACUUCCUGCACAUCAAAGAGAAGUAUAAUAAUGACUGGUGGAUUGGGCGUUUGGUGAAAGAAGGAUGUGAGGUGGGGUUUAUCCCCAGUCCAGUGAAGCUUGAGAGCACCCGUCAAUUACAAGAACAGAGAAUGAGACAGAACCGCCUUAGCUCCAGUAAGUCUGGUGGAAGCUCAAGUCUGGAUGUUGCCACAGGUGCCCGGAGGCCCACUCCACCUGGAACAGCUGACUUGUCCUCUGGACUUUAUGACGAUUCGGAUUCGGACGUUGAGGAGGUGGAGCCUGCCAACACCCGUGACCAAAAGGGUGUGGGCGGAAGUGUCACCUCCCCUCAAGGCAACCUACCCCGCCUCCCUUUCUUUAAGAAGAUGGAACAUGUUCCACCUUACGAUGUGGUGCCUUCCAUGAGACCCAUUAUUUUGGUGGGACCAUCCCUUAAAGGCUAUGAGGUGACAGAUAUGAUGCAGAAAGCUCUCUUUGAUUUUCUUAAACACAAAUUUGAAGGCAGAAUAUCCAUCACCAGGGUGACAGCAGACAUCUCACUUGCCAAACGUUCCGUUCUAAACAACCCCAGCAAACACACGAUCAUCGAGCGCUCCAGCACCAGAUCCAGUCUGGGUAUGAAACACACAGUUCAGAGUGAAAUCGAGAGAAUCUUCGAGCUGGCCCGGACGCUUCAGUUAGUGGCCCUGGAUGCCGACACAAUCAACCAUCCAUCUCAAUUGGCCAAGACGUCAUUGGCACCUAUCAUAGUCUACAUCAAGAUUGCCUCUCCAAAGGUGUUGCAGAGGCUGAUAAAGUCAAGAGGUAAAUCUCAGGCCAAACAUCUCAAUGUCCAAAUGGUGGCAGCUGAUAAACUUUCACAGUGUCCUCCAGAGCUUUUUGACAUAAUAUUAGAUGAGAAUCAGCUGGAGGAUGCAUGUGAACACCUGGCUGAAUACCUGGAGGCCUACUGGAAGGCUACACAUCCUCCGAGCAGCAACCCACCCAACCCUCUGCUCAACCGCACCAUGGCCACAGCCGCCCUGGCAGCUUCGCCCGAACCCGUCUCCAACCUGCAGGGGCCAUUCCUGGUGCAUGGAGAACAGAAGAGGGAAGGGCCUGAACACGGCAGUCUCAACGACUACCAGAGCGAUCUGGGUGGCAAGCAGCCGCUGCGCUCUUCACACAGCCAGUUGCAAACAGUUGGACGAGGUCUGUCACGGCAGGACACUUUCGAUUCCGAGACCCAGGGCAGCCGGGAUUCUGCCUACACUGACGACAUGGAGACAGACCCAUACGAGGAGCCGGACCCGUGUCGUUCAUACCGUCUAAACCCAGCCCACCACGCUCCUCGCCAGGCCUCCUGGGAGGACGAAGGGGCGGAGCCUGAUCAGGAGAACCUCAACGUGGUCCCACCACCAGCCAAUCAGCACCAGCGUGGACGAGGCAAACUGAGGGAGCGCUACUCUCAGGAUGCAGAAGGUGGCGGGGUGACGACGGGCCAUAACCAUAACCAGGAGGAGUGGAGCAGAGAUGUGUACAUUCGCUAGAGCAGGUUCACCUGAGACGAGGGUGAGGAGUUGUUUAGAAUGACACUAAAUAGAAUCUCUAUAGUUGGAUCUGUUUACAACCCAGAGAAACACACAAUCAUUGACAAACGCUGUACAGCUAACACUCACAACAUUCGUAUUAGGCUAACAAAGCUCUCGGUCAUUACAUACGUCCUCGUUUUCUCGGACAGGCUUUCUUCUUGGCCAGGAUUUCUAAAGGCUGGAAUGCACCACAUAACUUUUAAAAUCUGAACAGAUUUUAAAACAAUAAGCAUCAUACACUUGCCGACUUUAUAAAUCGGUUCAGAGGAAAAAAUGACAAAUGCAGAUGACAAACACAUGGCAAAUGAAAACUAUAUACUUUUUAAAAUUGACUCAAAAUAUCAAACGUUUGAUAUCCUCUGACUGGAUGGAAUCCAAAAAGAAAUCCGAGUCUGUGUCCAUCAUGCACUACACGAUUUAUUAAGAAAUCCGUCAACUCAAAUCUGCAGGCUGGCUCUGACUUUAGAAAUCCUGGCCAGGACAUAUCUGGGAAAAUAAGGACAUAUGGUCACAUUAUUUUAGUUUAAAUCAGGUUUUUUUUUUUUGAGGAGAAUAAACGAGAACCUUUCUUCAUUUCUAUUUUACUUUUGUAUAGUACUGCAUGACUCCUAAUCAUUAUAAGGUUAGCAACUGCUCUUGCUGAGAAUUAAACAUGAUUCAGAAUGUAUAACCAAAAUUUUGCGAACGUAUGUGUGUGUCUGUGUCAUUUGGUGGUCGGGUACGUGUGUGUGUGUGUGUGUGUGUGUGUGUGUGUGCAUUCUCUGUAGUCUUAAACAAGGUCUUUCUGAUACACAAUAGUCUUGGGAGUGAUCCAUCAAUUAGUUUCCCUAGACUACAGUACUGCAGAGUGUGUUUUUGUUUUGUAUUUUAUCCUAUUUAUUUUAUUUAUUGAGUUUAAAAAGGUCUAUCCAGAUUUUAGCCUGCUAAAACCUUUACCAAGCUCCAUCGCUGCUGUAUACUCAUCCAAUCUAAAAGGGGUGCUGUGUUUCUCACAUGCCAUAGCUUCUUCGGUCUAAAAUGCGCUAACAUGCAUCAGCAGAUGUUAAUCCAGAUCUGCUAGAAGUUCUAAAAGGCUAAUAUGCAAAUAUAAAUAAGAAAAUGAAGAUGGUCAAACUUUAGAACUAAAAGCCCAAAACGUCUGAGAUUACUGCUAAAGUCAAACACAAACAGCUUUGUGUUGAUUGUAACCGGCUCUGUCCCGUCUUCUGUGCCUGCUUAAGGGCUUUUAGCAUUUGUGCCGCUAUUGUACCACUGCCAUUGGAAACAUAUUCUGCCUUAUUCGCACGUCAGUCACACGGGCCAACCAAUCACAAGUGCCGUAAUCUUUCAUCUGGCCACUCCCACCAUAAAUUUGGUGGGUUGUCUUAACUCAGUGCAACACUGAGUUAAUGUUAUGUGUGAUAGUAGUCUACACUGCCAUUUUACAGUGUUUUCAUAGUGACAUGUUGGCACCGCUGGCCAUUUUAAGAUUAAACAAGGUGUUUACUGCAUGAGAGUGUAAGGAUUCACUUUAGAGGCUGAGAAGCUGAAUACAAACUCAACACUGACAUACAUUCACACAUCCUACUGCCAAACUCAUGCUAAUGCCACUGCUAUUUGUGUUGUUAUCUCUGUGGCCAAUUUCUAAGCCAGGACUGUAUGUGUGUGUGUGAAAUGGGAGAAAAUCUGGAGUCUUUACUCUUUUAUGUAAACCAGAGGAUUGGUGAAAGUCUUUGAGCCUCUUUUUACCCUCACCUAUGUGUGAAAAGAUCAUCAUGAUGAAAUACGCUAAAUAUACAAGUAGAUAGCUUACUAAACAAUGUUAUUGUUGCAUUAUCGCAAUUGUUUCAAAUAUAAGAAAAACAAAUGUUUUCUUUGGUGCCUGAUUGUAGCUCCAUUCUACUUUUUGUUUUUAAUCUGUGGAUAAAUUCAUAUUUUAAUUAAAAAUUUGAAUCCAGA